AAUCAGUGCCACAGUGGGAGUCGAACAGGUUACAACUGUUAUACAAUAGUGUCCACUGCAAGAUCAUAGUGGAUUCGUCGGGUAUAACAAUCGUCGGACAAUUGAAUAUCGUUUGUCCCACAGAUCGGUGUUACAGUAGUGCCGCCAGAGUGAUACAUCGAGUGCUUUGUGUUCGGGAUCCGCGUGUUCAACUGUUGUGGAAGCUGUCUGCUAUCUGUAUGAAACCGAUGUUUCCUCAAUUUUGUGAUAAUGUCGUAAAUGUACGAGAAUCCAUCUAAAGUGAAAAUGUGUCAAACAUCAGAAAAAAUUAUAUCUUAUUCAUCAUUCGAGAGCACGGAGACAUGUGAAUAAUUAUUAAAGUUUCGCUCUGUAUCGUAUACUUACGAUUCUGGUGACAUACUAGUAGUGAAAUUGGAUAGAUCGUGGAUUUCCAUCGAGUGCUACAUACGAUCAUUUACUUCAUCAUUGUGAAGAAUUAUGAGGAAUUUCCGAAGAACGAGCGAGCGCGUGAAGCUCUAUAUUCCUGUAUUACUCGUGUCUUUGUCCUGCGUUCAGUGUAUGCUGGUUGAACAAAAAUCGGAGAUCGCUUCGAAAGACUCUUUACAUGACCUGCUAACACCGGUUGUAUCACACCCAGAGGCAGAUGGUCCUUUGAAGAACUACACAUUCGGCAGCGUAACACAUUUGGCCCAUCUAACGUUAGACGAGCGAAUAGAGCUGGAGAAAAAUACCUGGCACUGGUUUCCCUAUCAGCGGAUCAGUUACACACAGCUUGAAGAUGGCAGAAACGUGGAGAUGUUUUGCGAUGAGGGCUCCGCUAUGGAUGAACUUCCGGAUGAUAUAUUCACACAGGAACAGCGGUUGCAGGGUGCGAUAGUAUUGCACUUCGUUUGUGCCAUUUAUUUCUUCGUGUUUUUGGCCUAUGUCGUUGGUGAAUACUUUCUGCCAACGGUGGAGUGCAUUUGUGAGGAUCUGAAACUAACACAGGAUGUUGCGGCCGCAACCUUCAUGGCGAUAGCGGGAACUACGCCGGAAUUUUUCACCAACACGAUCAGCACAUUCAUCGCCGACUCGGACAUGGGAAUCGGAACCAUUAUGGGCUCAUUGCUUUUCAACACGCUGGGUGUGGCUGGUAUAGCGGGGCUUGCCUCGAAAACACCCGUUCAGAUGGACUGGUGGCCACUGACACGCGAUUCGCUGGUAUUCGCAAUCCACGUCGGCAUACUGAUCGGGUUCGCAUGGGAUGGCCGAAUCUACUGGUACGAGUCGAUGGUGCUGUUUAUCCUGUUGUUCUUCUACUUCCUGAUCAUGUUCCAAAAUAGGCGAAUUAUGAAAUUCGCCAAAAAAUAUAUCGAAGUAAAGUGGAACUUGUGCGCUCGAGUUAUUCGCGAGAUUGAAGAAACGGAACGCAUGGAAGCCGCCGCCCAGGCAGAGCAAGCCAAUGGCACAGAUAAACCAAUAACAAGCGUGGCUCAGCGAGCUAUUGAUAAGCCAGUUUUUCGAUUGUCAACAGCGUCGAUGCUGUCCGAUCAAAUGGCGGAGAAGCCUCUGAAGGUUGGAGAGCUACAGAUUCCUUCCCGACAUACAUUACCCGAUCCGGACGAGCACCCAGACAUGACUUUAUGGAAAAUUUCUCGGGAGAACUGGUUCCGCACGAUCUGGUGGUUCUUCAGCUGGCCAAUCCGAUUCAUUCUCACCUUCACGGUGCCGCAUCCGGUUCAGUUCCGUCGGUGGUACCCAUUUGCAUUCAUAAUGUGCAUUAUUUAUAUCGGGGCUUGUUCAUUCGUUAUAUUUUGGAUGAUGACAAUUAUCGGCUACACCUUUGGGAUUCCGGAUUCGGUGAUGGGUCUUACCUUUUUGGCCAUGGGUGGAUGCAUGCCUGAGGCAAUUGCAGCGGUGUUGGUUAUCAGAACUGGAAAUGGUGCAAUGGGAGUCUCGAACGCUCUGGGGGCCAACUCACUAUCAAUUCUGUUCUCUCUAGGGUUACCUUGGUUCAUCCGUAACCUGGCGGACGGCGGUAGUGAACUCAACGCCUAUCUACCGAUUGCUUCCUACGGAAUGCAGUAUUCGAUAAUCUCGCUGCUGUUUGCAAUCGGAGCGCUCUAUAUAAUAGUCUACACGGCGAAAUUCAAACUACGAAAAACCGUGGGGUUGGCACUGUUCAUUGUGUAUGGUAUCUUGGUGGCAUUCAUGCUGCUUAACGAGCUGGAUGUCUUCUUCGCAUCUGGAAACGAAUGCUGAAACAAGACUACAAGACUCUUCGAAGGGCUGAUGUGCAACGCGUUCGUUGGUGUUGUUAGAAGUAGUAAUAAAUUAUGUUCGACUGCAGACUAUUUGUAAGCUAGGUUAAUUUUAUUGUGUCUUUGCAGUGGAUGAUAUUUUCAAACGAACAAAUGAUAUUAUGCUAGAGGAAACAUACACAAACUAUUUUGAGGCAUAAUACUUCAAUGUAGUACAUUGCUAGACAAGAAUAUUCAGGAGAAAUAAUUAUACUAAUAUUUAUACAUCACAAACUA